CUCUGUGCUACCUUAUGUGAUUGCGCCCUCUGUAAUUGCCUUAACAAAAACACGAUAGACUCUUCUGUCUCUCUGGACGCUAGCUAAUUUCUGUAUUUUUUUUCUUCAGAGAAGUAGCUUGAUGAGAGCUGUGGGAACUGGCGCCAUUGGCUGCUGCUUAUCACCAUCUUUAGCAUCUUCACGCUUUCGAUGAAACUCCAGUUCACGUUGUGUUUUAAUUCGGUGUUGUUGAGGGUGAAGAGAAGUGUUGUGUAUCCAUAUAGUACCUCUAGGUGUUUAUGAUACAAUCCCGGGAGGUGGAAUAGGCGUGUCUACAAAUUGUGUGGGAUUGAUAUCAUGGCUGAAGCUAAGUCGGAUAUCAGUAACAGCACGAUGAGCAUUGACUCGAACAUGGAUGACCAUAGAGGGCGCUAUUGUGCAAUAUGCUACCAUCGCUUCUCCUGCAAAGGCAAGGCGGUACCACGUAUAUUAGUGUGCGGACACAGUUUUUGCACAGCUUGUUUAGAAAAACUGAUAGGAAAAGUUGCAAGGGGCUAUGUACGUUGUCCAUCGUGUAAGACGGAUACCAUUGUGUCCGGCUUCUCCAAUGAUGUUGAGAGACUUGCAAAGAACUUUGCUGUCUUGGAGAUAUUGGAAGGUCUUGAUGAUGGCGACAAAAGCAGUGCAAACACAACAAAUCCUAUACUAGUAUGCAAUAUUCAUGAACGAGAACCAAAGAAGGUGUACUGUCUGACUGACAAUGAGAUAAUUUGCAUAUACUGCCAGGUGUAUGGGGACCAUGAAGGGCACGAGUGCCAACUUAUCAGCACGGCAGCGGAAGAGGGCAGACAGGUUCUCAAGCAGUUGGCCGAGGAAAUUAUGAAGGAACGCGAGAAGGUGACCGUGAGUAAGAAAUCCAUCCAUGACACGAUUGCUGCCAUCAGAUUCAAGGAAGAGAAGUCAAUGCGAGAGAUAACUCACCACUUUGAGAUGUUACGGAGAAAACUGUACAGACGAGAAAACCAGGUGAAAGGCAAAUUAAAGAAUCUUUCAACGGGUAAAGUCAAGAUCCUAGAAAAACAGAAAAAGCAGUUGAGUGAUAUGAUUGGUCGUUGUGAUCGGCUACAUGCUUCCUGUCAAGCUCUGAUCGCCGGCCCAGAUUACGAUAUUCUCCAGCAGAAGGCUCAAAUUCAGAUUGAUUGUCGAGAAACAACAGAAGCAGUCAGUACUUUGGAGGGUAAACCCUGCACUCAAAAUGAUCUUGCAUGCUUACUAGAAUCCAACAUGGCUGACAAGAUUUCAAAUCACGGGGUCAUCAUUGAAGAUGCAGAAAAAGCAAAUACUUCAGAAGGUUGCCAAUCUGGAACCAGCUCACCGCAAGAACCAACGAGUACCGAAGAGAGUGAAGGCCAGGACCCUGAAAAUAUAGAGUGGUUUAGGCUAGACAAUGGCCGGCCACGACGCACUAUCCACUCGGCUAGAUCUCGAAGAAGCAUUCAGCCAGAGGAUGUCAUGGUCCUGGAGAAUGAUGAACCCAGCAUGGAUGGCACAAGAACAGAAGCUCUUGCAGAAGUAAGACCAGCAGCGGCAGGACAGUCUGCAAGUGCUACCACCGCAAACUCUUCUACUUCCAGAACCCAGCAACGUGGAACACGUACCCGUUCCACAAGCCUCAGAGGAAGUCAUCACCGCGAUGCACUGGUGACAGAGGAAGGAGUCCGAACCAUUGGGUGCCACACAUUUUUGCAUCGCUGUGCUACAAGAGACCGACGUUCUUACCCAUACAUGCCACUUCCGUUUUCGGCUGCAUCGAGGGAGAACAACUCAUCAACCACAGAAGAAAGUCCUGAUCUCAGUGAUCUGAGCGACAUGGAAAUUGAGCUCCCCCUUCGAUCAGCUUGGCCCAAUGCGGGCAACUGGGCUGGCCAAGGGAGUCGCGAUGCUGGAACAACAGUCUCACUCUCUGCCAGGGAGAUUUUGUGUGUCAUGCAGGAAUCCGAGGGUGCAGCCUCGAAUGCUAAUAAUGGUAACCAGCUAGAGGGCGCUGCUGCUCAAUCUACUUCAGAAGAACCAUCUCCAACUAGAAGACGGUCACAUCAACACAGCCAGAAAUCCUCAUCUGCGUACUCUAGAGAACUUAAGUGUUCAGUGUUCAAUUGUGCUACAAAAAGCAGUUCAUUUUUCGUCAAAUGCAAGAAAUGUUCACGCGUGUUCUGCCGUGAUUGUGUUUCUGAGUCCGCUAGUGCCAGACGUUGCUAUAAACGUCCACAGGGGCAUAGUUUUGUGUACCUGGCGGGCUCCUCGCAACAGCCAAUUAUUGAUGGUUCACAAAACACUGAAGAUGGAGCAGAUGCUACACAUAACAGCCCUGAUGUUCUUCGUGCUCUGCUUUCUUCAGAAAAUAGUUACAGAUGCAGUCGCUGUGCUGGGAACUCUCAUUCCUGUCAUCGUAAUCACGCUUGUUCAAAAUGUAACUCACGAUCUAGACCUCAACCUAAGUCUUCAAGUGAACCAAGAUCGGAUGGUUCUGGAGAAAGCUCCGGUCAUACCGGGAGCGAUCGCGCUCAAACAUCAACAAGACCCCAAAGUUCAACGCAGAACCGUAGUCAGAGGAAAAGUAUGAGAUCCGAUGAGAGCACGGCAAAACAACCAGUUUCCAACAACGUAAGCUCUAGCAGCUCGAACAGUAGCAUCAGCUCACAUACAGAUUCUGGGCAAGCGAUCGGGGGUAAGAAAUCAACUGGAGAUCAAACAGGGGGAAUGAGUACGUCAAAGUCAGCCAGACACGAUAGAGUAUGGAGAGCUCGUAGAUCAUUAUCGCCAUGUGAAAAUCUUUGUCCAACGUGCUCUGUUAGUAAUGCAGACGAUGCUGUAACGUGUGCUUCUUGCAAUGCUCUGUUGCUUCUGUGACCUCUAUUGUCAAAUAUGCGUAAAAUUCUUUUUGCAAUUUUCAGUUCUCAGAGGUCAUAUCAUCCAAGUUUCAAAUUUGUAGAUAUCAUAUAUGAAAGAAACGGAACGAUGCAAUUUUUAUAAGCUCUUCAAUGCGAUAUUUUUUAGCAUCACUAAUUAUUCCAGUGUACUAUUAUAAUAAGCUAACCUACCUGCUUAUGUGUUUUAAUUUAUCAAUUAUGUGUUCAUAGCACCUGUGAGAGGUACAAAUGCUUCAUCACAUCCAGUCACAAUGUAUUAUUAUAGAGAUUGUUUCACAUGAUGGAAGGUUGCGAUUUGAUUGGAUAAAACAAAUUCUUUAGCAAAUUGGAAAAUAAAGCUCUGUCCAGACUAUCAAAUUUUAUGUGACAAGUUUGUGUGAUGUGCCCAUAUAUGGACAUGAUUAUGUCAUAUUACACCUAAGUAUAGGCAUGUCACAGUUAUUUGAUAGUGUGAAAAGAGGUUUAAAGAAUUGUUAUAGCAACUGGCACUGAAUUUCAGAGAAAUUCUUGAUAAAAUUUCUUGAGAUAUAUCGCCUCGGUAACAAAUUUUCCAGUCUGAUUUGCA